UCAGAAACCCAGUGUGGAGGAAAGGAUGUGGGUAUGCUGACAUCUGCAAGCCAGAGGUUUGAGUGUGAGAAGACCGCAGCCAGGCUGACAGACAACGGCCUCGACUCUCUCGAAGUAACUCCGAGACAUGUAACUUGUUGCGAAGAGGCUUGUGUCCUGUAAGGGCACCCUGAAGCUCAGCCUGUCACUGUCCUUCCUUGGUGGUUCCUGUCAUGAGGGGGCGUGUUUCUCGAAAGCUGGCCUUGCUGGCCAAGGCUGGUUUCCUCCUGUGGGUGCUGUGGCUUGGCUAUCUGCUGUUGGAGCGCUCCUCUUUCCCUUUCUCUUCCUCUGUGGAGGAUGAGGUUAAAGACCAAAAUCUUAAGGCACGACAGCUGGUCUCAGAGGAGACUGGGAAUGAUGAGCAGCUGGCUAGGCCUCUGUACAUUAAAUCACCACCAGACAACAAUGCACCAGGGGAGUGGGGCCGGGCCACACACCUCAACCUGAGCCCUGAAGAAAAGAAGCAGGAGCAGGACAGCGUGGAGCACUACGCCAUCAAUAUUUAUGUCAGCGACAAGAUCUCCCUCCAUCGGCACAUCCAGGACCACAGGAUGAAAGAAUGCCGAAGUAAGAAGUUUGACUACCGACAUUUACCUACCACCUCUGUGAUCAUAGCCUUCUACAAUGAGGCCUGGUCCACCCUGCUGAGGACCAUUCACAGCGUGCUGGAAACCACGCCUGCCGUCCUCUUGAAAGAGAUCAUCCUCGUCGAUGAUUUCAGUGACCGAGGCUACCUGAAAUCCAAGCUAGCCGACUACAUCAGUGAUCUGCAACGUGUGCGUCUUAUCCGCACCAACAAAAGGGAGGGGCUGGUUCGUGCACGUCUCAUUGGCGCUACCUAUGCCACCGGUGACGUGCUGACAUUUCUUGACUGCCACUGUGAGUGUGUUCCUGGCUGGAUUGAGCCUCUGUUGGAAAGGAUUUCUGAGAAUGCGAGUACCAUUGUGUGCCCUGUGAUCGACACCAUCGACUGGAACACGUUUGAGUUUUACAUGCAAACAGAUGAGCCAAUGAUCGGAGGAUUUGACUGGAGACUCACCUUUCAGUGGCACUCUGUCCCUGAAAUUGAACGCAAGAGGCGCAAGUCUCGCAUUGACCCCAUCAGGUCUCCUACUAUGGCUGGGGGAUUAUUUGCUGUUAGCAAGGCCUACUUUGAGUAUCUGGGCACGUAUGACAUGGGCAUGGAUGUGUGGGGAGGAGAAAACCUGGAGCUCUCUUUCAGGGUGUGGCAGUGUGGGGGCAGCCUGGAGAUUCAUCCCUGCUCGCACGUGGGACAUGUGUUCCCUAAAAAAGCCCCUUACGCACGGCCCAACUUCCUCCAGAAUACUGUCCGAGCUGCAGAGGUCUGGAUGGACUCUUACAAAAAGCACUUCUACAACAGGAACCCUCCAGCCAGAAAGGAGAAAUAUGGGAAUAUUUCAGAACGGCUACUUUUGAGGGAGAAGCUGAAAUGCAACAGCUUUGAGUGGUAUCUGAAGAAUAUCUACCCUGAACUACAUGUACCCGAGGACAGGGAGGGCUGGCACGGGGCUGUGCGUAGCUCAGGAAUACAUUCAGAGUGCCUUGACUACAACGCUCCAGAGCACAGUCCCACAGGUUCCCAGAUUUCUCUUUUCGGCUGCCACGGCCAAGGAGGCAACCAGUAUUUUGAAUACACAUCUCAAAAGGAGAUCCGUUUCAACUCUGUGACAGAGCUGUGUGCCGAAGUACUGGAAGGACAGACCUCCAUCGGAAUGAGGCACUGCCCCCGUGAUGAGGAAGUCAGACCUCCCAGUCUCAUCUGGGAGUUCAAAGAGGACAGGACCAUCUAUCAUCCACACUCAGAUAUGUGCGUGACAGCCUACCGCACAACGACGGGCCGCACGGAUGCCCAGAUGAGGCGCUGCGUCCCAGGGGACAAAACCCAGCAGUGGAAGUUUGAGUGGUAGUGGGAGGAAGCUAGAUAGUAGCAGGGAACCUUAAGUGGCCUUCCGUGACCACAGUGCAAAUACUGUAGCGGAGGUAUGACCCCGCUGCUCCCAUUUCGGUUACUUUUCAAGUCUGCACUGAAUGGAAAUGGGGGG